AUGAUAGUCUCUAUACAUGUACAACUUAAUUAUGCAUGUAUGAAUUCACUUGUGAUCACAUUGCAUUGCAUGGCUAUAUAAGCAAUGGCAGAGCUUUGUAAAAUAGAACUAAAACUGUGAGACUUACAUAUGUAAGCUAACAAGCUAACAACUGUCAAGAGAAGCUAUUUAUCAACACCUGUGGUGGUUAUUCAGUAGUGCAGGAUGACAAACGAUACCAACUCCAGUGACGUACAGCUGAUGGAUGAACCUCAGAAGGUUUGGUGGAUCUACGUGGUCACAUUUGCGAUUAUCUACACUGUGAGCCUUGGAUUCAGUUGUGUGUCUUAUGGCGUCCACUGCCUCACAAAGAAUUACAAGCAGCAGCAAUCUCAAGAGAAACGAAGAAAACCAAAGUUAAAAAGAAUUCAUGAGUUAGUUCGACAGUUAAUUUCUGGAGACACUGUUGUGAGUAAAAUCUUCAUUUCAGUAACAUUUGCAUGCAACCUGAUCUACAUCAUUCUGACCGUGUAUCGAGCCUAUACACCACUAGAGGUUGAGUACAGCUUUGCGAUCUCACAAGAACCUGCAAGGAUUGUUGAACUGCUGGUUGUUCUCGAGCUCAUUUGCUUUGCUGUAAUUCGAUUGCUUGCUGCAAAUAACAUAGUUUUGUACUGGCUUGACCUUUAUACAAUAAUCGAUGUACUGACUCUUUCUCACAUCUUUGUGUCGUUAGCCCUGGGUGUUGAUUGGCUGGGGUUAAGAUCUGCUCGCUUCUUCUGGCUAACUCAGUUGAUUACUGUAUUCAGAUUCAUCCCUCUAAUCCACUCUCAGGACAUCAUUGACUUAUUCUCAUUGUGUAUAUACUUCAUUUCCUUACUAUUCUUCGGGACUGGAAUUAUUCAUCUGUUGGAAAUUUCUGGUGAUCCUUGGUCAGAUAAUGCAGUGGUGGAUAAUAAUCAAUUCCUCUCUUAUGCAUACUUUAUUAUCGUUACCAUCACUACAGUGGGAUAUGGCGACAUUUCCCCAGAAACUGCUUUUGGUCAGACUUUUAUGGUGGUGUACAUUGUCAUCGGGCUAGCUUUCUUUGCUGCACUCCUCCCAGUCAUCAGUGAGGUCAUUUCUAACUUCAAUGCCAAGAGACAAUAUACCAAGUUUGAUAGAACACGGGUCCCACGUCAUGUGAUUGUUUGUGGCCAUAUCACUGCAUUUACUGCGCAGGAGUUUCUCAAAGACUUCCUGCACCCUGAUCGAGGAGACUCAAACACACAUGUCCUUUUCCUCCAUCCAAUUCGGCCAGAAAAAGACUUGAAAAAUGUUCUCAGAUCGUACUACACUCGAGUUCAGUAUAUUGCCGGGUCUGUUCUUAACAGUAAUGACCUCCAAACGAGCAAGCUAAUGAGUUCUUCUGCUGUUUUCAUUCUUGCUGAUAAGUACACAAACAAUCCAUUGGAAGAAGAUAACGGCAACCUUCUGCGAUUGGUGUCUAUCAAGAACACUACUACAGAAAUCCCAGUGAUAAUUCAACUUCUUCUUGGCUCGAGCAAGAAACAGGUCAAGAACAUUGAAGGAUGGAAUCCUGGUAGUGACAUUGCUGUCUGUUUGAACGAGCUGAAGCUUGGAUUACUGGCACAGAGCUGUCUGUGUCCCGGAUUCUCAACACUCAUUGCCAACCUUUUCUACACGUCUGAUUUCCCAGCUCUCACAUCAUUUGAAGGUCUGAAUGCUUGGAAAGAAGAUUACAUCGAGGGUGCUUCAAACGAGAUUUACGCCACACAUUUUUCCUUUAGUUUUGAAGGAAAGAAUUUUCAAGAAGCCGCUCACAUUUGCUAUAAUAAACUUGGACUAAUUCUGCUAGCAUUUGAGUCACCAGAAGGAAAAUUUCGAAAGCUUCACGUUAAUCCUUCGUCUCAGUCAAAUCCCAAAAUUGUUGUCAAAAGUGGAGUGUACGGCACUCGUGGCUAUUUCAUUGGACAGGAUAUUGAGCAUGUCUCAGUUGUAGGCAGCUACUGUGAGACAUGCGAUGAAGCUUCCACGGAAAAAGAAAUGCACAAGUUUGUACGUAGAGUAACACAACGAAGAUGUGAUUGUUUCAGCGAGCUUAAGGUAGUCAGUACUCACCCUCUCAAUGGAACAGAGGUAGUUGUUCAGAAAGAAAAGACCUCUCCUCGUACUAAACGUGUUUCACGAAUGGAAGUAGCAUUUUCAUGGGAUGAGGACGAGUUUGAGGAGCUAAAUGAGGAAUACAGUGUUUUGCUUGGUGAUCCAAUGAAGUUGGAAGAUGCUCUAUUAAACAGUGACUAUGACGUGGUCAAGAAGGACCCAGGAUCUAUUCCAGACUUAGCCGAUCACAUUGUGCUGUGUGUGUUUGCUGAUGACAAAUCACCCAUUCUGGGAUUGCACAACUUCCUGUACCCUCUCCGAAAUAAGAAUGGUUCAAGAGAUUCAAUGAAGCCUGUGGUUAUUGUCAGCAACAGUACAUUCCUCAAACACGAAUGGCCAUUAAUUAGAAAGAUUCCCGAUGUUUUUGUAGUCGAUGGAUCUCCAUUGCGAAUUCAAAAUCUCCAAGCUGCUUCCAUCAGCUCUUGCAGUGUGUGCAUCGUCACGACCAUGCUCUCAGCUGACAACAAUGAGCCAGCUGUCAAUGACAAAGAAGUGGUCCUCUGCAGUCUCAGCAUCCAGAAGUACCUCAAGAGAAACGCAACACGGCAAGUUCAGAUUAUUGCUGACCUUCGACAGGAAUCUAAUGUGCAGUUCCUCGACUUUGGAGAUGAAGACGAACCAGACGAGAGAAUCUACAAAGCUCAACCGUUUGCGUGUGGAGAAGCAUUUUCAGUUUCUAUGAUGGACUCUGUGACAAGUUCUGCAUUCCACAGUCCAGGCACCUUGUACCUUGUGGAAGACCUGAUCCAGUGUACGGGCACCAAGGCAACCUGUCAGAUUGUGGGGGUUCCCCUCAAUUCUGAAGAAUAUGCGGGCAAGACGUUCCAAGACUUGUACAACCUCCAGCUGGACAAAAACAACCUCGUACUCGGACUGUAUCGCAGGCUACCUGCUCAAGCAAUGCUUGCUAACUGCAACCCUGGAAGAAGCGUUUCCAGUGUCGUUGGAGUAAGCCAAGAUAAGCACUAUGUGAUCACAGCACCUAAAUCUGGAACGUUAUUGGAUGAAAUGGACAUUGCAUUUGUGUUGGUCAACAAGACUAGUACUCCUGCAGAACUCAAUUAAUUUUUGUGUGUUGUUGUUUAUCGUAGCAUGAUCGCAUUUCACACGCAACAUUACAAUUGUUUUACAUGUACAUAUAAUUAUGCUAAAUUUUUUACCAGUCUGCAUAGAAAGAGAAAA